UUUCGCGCGACGGUAAACCCCUAAUUUGUACCCUUGCUUGAGCAUGCGCGAUUGCUUCAGGUUCGUGACCUUUUUUCGAACAAGAUUGUUUCUUGAUAUGGAAUUUCUAUUUUGAGAUAUUUAACAUGGCUGAUCAAACUUCUUCUAAUCAGUCUAAUCAUGCGUGUAGAAGUAAUUUGUAUUCUGAAACCAUUCAAAGAUUAGAUAAAGCAUUGCAUUGUUUAGACCAAACUAUACAUAAUACCCCAAAUCAAUCAAAUAGAGAUAGGUUGGUCAGUAUCCGAGACGAGAUUACCCGUAUGAUUGAGAUCGUUCGGUCAUACAACCCUUAUUGUGAUAUUGGCAUUCAACAAUUUUAUGCAUCACUUUCUACAAGUGUUACAGGCAAUGAGAAAUGGUCAUCCAUUAGUAGUAAGGUUUCACUGGGCAUGGUUCAUAGCAUGUUUCCAUUUUAUAUGGGACGAGAUAGAGUACGAGCCUAUUUGGUCACUAGAUGUACAGAUCCAAUUGUGGGUCCACUAAUUUAUUCCAGAUGGUUGGCAGCUCAUCAUAGAUGGCCUCAUAACGAUGAGUUGCCAUUAUAUUUUUGUAAGCAAUUAUAUGCUGAGGUUCAUUUACAUUUAGAUGUUGAUUAUACAUCUAUUCCUAGACAUGCUGGACAUGGGAAAGGGAGGUUAGCUGACAAAGCUCAGUAUAGACGACAAGAUUUACCACCACCCAUAGAUAAAAGGAAAUUAGUUGGCCCAAACCUUUUGUUUCUUCUAAAGCAUUUGAAAUUUGGAGAAACUACAGAAUCAACACACACCCCAUCUAGUUGUGGCAUUUUCAAGAGUAUAGCCACUAUUGCCAAUCAGGUUGAUCAGUUAACAUCUGACACUCUCAGUAGAUAUACAUUGCAUCAUCAGUUUAGUGUUCCUCCCACUGAGGCCACAUCAAAUAACUAUGAUCCUUCCAUUCGUGCUAAUAUAGUAUCACCACAUGAUGUGGCACAAAUGACAGGAGUGGAUGAAUUGCGUAGGUUAUAUAUAUGUCUCUCUCGUGAUCUAAUAGAUGCAUAUCGGUUCAUCAGUGAAGAGUUUGGGAUCCCACUUGAUGCUGUGAAAACACAUAUCAGACGCUAUUCCGAUAGGCAAAGGGGCCUUGGUCAAGCAACUACACAGUGUUCAAGGGGACAUGAAGAUGUUCAAGUUGAUUCCAUAGCACCACCUAAGCAUGUUUCUGAUCAGGUUUAGGCUGAAAUUGAGGUGGCUGAUGGCGUUUUGUAGAGUGUAGGCUUUCAAAAUUUGAAGUAUGCACAGUUUUAAGUACACAGUUUUGUGUCAGGUUCUAGUAUCAAAGUUGCGGUUGGUGCAGAUGUAUAAGAAAUAGAAAUGGAAGGUUAUUUUUUGAAAUGCCUGUGUAUGUCAUUUUUUGAAAUACCUGUGUAUGAGAGUUCCCUGAUGUCGGUAGCUAAGUUGUGGGGGCGCUUGGCUCUCUUCCUGAUACUCUCACUAGAUGUAACAACACUAGUUAAUUCUAUUUGUUUUUAUAUCUGAUACAAGUGUUUAUGGAGUCGGCAAUAGAAAAGUGGGUUUUAGAACAGCUUCCUUGAAAA